AGUAUUAAAAAUCAAGAAGUAUAUAAGGCGAAAAGAAAAGAAAAAAGAAAAAAAGAAAAGAAAAGGUGUAGAGGAUAAGAGACAGGACAUAGGUACUAGUAGUGAGUAAUUAUCAAAAAAUCGAUGGUAUGCUGGUUGUGGAAGCGUGAGUUUGAGUUGGGAUUAGUGUGUAGAUCAGUGGUGGGGUUUCUUGACAGAUCGGUUUCCAGAGCUAUGGGUUGCUUCUUCGCUUGCUUUCGUGUCAAAGACGAUCACCAUCACCGCCAUCGCCCUCACCUCGUCUCCUCCGAUCCCACCAAGCCUACGGAAACUGUGAUAUCUCAAAAUCGUUUAGCGUCUCUCUUUCUAUCUGAAGAGAAAGAGGAUUCUCCGCACGCUGAUAGGGAAGCUCAUGGUUUCAGAUCUCCGGAAAGUCACAAGGCACUCAAGGAUGAGGCCAGGUUUCUUAAAGCUUGUGGUACCUUAGCAGAGACCCCUGCAGAAAUUCGGAAAGCAUCUGCAAAGUCGAAAUUUUCACCUUCAUAUGAUGGAGAUUCAGAGCCUCCAAAAUUCCAUUCAUGGCUUCCCAACACAUCCAUCAAGAAACUUCAGUUAGACAACCAAACUGAGCAGGCCGCUACUCCCAUUAAACUUAGUGAAGAGUGGGGAAAGGGAUCAGGUUUGCAAGAGCAGACACCUAGCAGCUGUAUAUCCAGCAUACAUAACACUGGAAAGGUCUCUUUCAGCUCAACUGAAGGCAGUGGAACAGGAAGUGUUAAUACAGCUGUCAGGGUUCAUGAUAAUCAGACUGAAAACAUUGCAACAUCAGUUUCACCUUGGAUUUCAGCCACAGAAAUUCAGUGCAGGAGCAAGUCUGUGCGUUUUCAAUGUGAUUUUGAUGCAUCUUCCUCAUCAUCUGAAAAUGUUAGCCAAAAUCAAAAGAAAUCCGAAUCACCAGGUAAUCAGAGUGUGUCAAAGCCUUCACCUUAUCCAACCCCACUUAAGCUUUCUGAAGAGAUGCAAACACCUGGAACCGUUUUUCCCGCAAACUUAGACAAUUUACCAUAUGGGAAGACCCGAAUCAGGUCCCAGUAUGUGUAUUCAGUUAUGAACCCAGUUGAGAGUGACUCUCAGUGGAAGUCAUUGAGGGAAGAAGAUCCUAACUAUCAUCAACUUUCAGGUGAGCUGAGAGAAUCUCAUGAGUUGCCCGAAACUACAACCCCUAGGCCAGAAGCGGGGGUAAAAGAAACUUUGUCUGGAAAAGAGUUGAAGGUGGAAGCAAGCCUGUCUGCUUGGUUGAAGCCACUGCCAUCCAUUCAGGAUGAGAAUAGUAAAAAUUUUGACCCUGCUUCUACUAGAAAACCUCAUUUUGGUAGAACUCCUGGGGACAGGCCAAUCAUUGGGCUUGUUGCUGCUCACUGGAAUGAUAAUGAGCAAUCUCAUAUUUCGCCAAAGUGGUGGGAUGGGAAUGGAAUCCCAAAUUCGACCAAUAAAUACAAGGAGGAUCAGAAAGUGAGUUGGCACGCUACGCCAUUUGAGGAGAGAUUAGAAAAGGCUUUGUCUGAAGAGAGUGUUAUCACUCAAAGGAAGCCUGUCUACGGGAAACCAAUAGCUUUUGAUGAGAACGAGGAAAGUGAUACGGCUCUUUCUCAGUUGCAAUCUUCAACCCAUCCUAAGUCAGUAGUUUCAUUCUGAUGAAAGAUAGUGGUGGCGUUUCUCCGUUGUGUUGUGAGUUUGGUUUGCAGCCAAUAUACUGCCAAUUAGUAGUGACUUCUAAAACCUAAAUUGAAGUUUACAUCGUUGAACUGAACAAGGGUAUUGGUUUUGUAUCCGGACAUUGAUUCAUUGUGCUGGUUCUGGAAAUCUUAUUUUUGUGGUUAUAGACUUUUCAGCAGCAUAGGAGCUGCUUGUAAUGUACAUAAGUAAUGGAAAUCCUCUGCAUCAAUGGCUCUUUGGUUCUGAA